UCAGCGCGGGGUUUCGCCCAAUGAGUGGCGGCGGCGGCGCGGACAGCGCGUGUAGGCACAGUCAAGCGUCGGCGAGAACGCGCACACCCGUUCACUCACCCUGUUGAAGUCCUCGCGAUAACGCGUCCACCCGCCCGGAGUCGACCGGCACACCACGUCCGUAUAACGAAAUCGUGCGACUUGCGUGCCCCACCACGCCGCCGUGUUUAUAGGUUUCGGCCAGAACAAUAAUAAUAAUAAUACAUUAUUGAAUUAUUUCCGUUUCGCGACCCGAGUGCCGCCGCCUGCAGUUAUUCCCGUCGCGUAUUCGCGGUACAUUCUACGCGCGUCCGUUCAGUCGCCGGCGGUGUAUGAUAUUCUUGUCGACUUCCGAACGCCGCGGAUUCGACGGCCCAUCCGUCACGACGAAAAUAUGCAUCUUCCGGUAGCGACGUCUUCGUCAUCAUCGGCGGUCACGAACCCCGCGCGCUGCAAAUAACGAUGAUCGUUAUUUACUACCCGCUGUAUCAAUAGCUACUUUACGUGAUAUUACCUGUACGUCCGCGCACUGAGCACUCGGCCGAGUACGUUUUAUUCUUCAGCUCACCCUUUCGCCGCGCACGACAGUUGUCCAGCAGCUUUCGGGCCCAAUUCGAGAGAUCUGCACGGUCUGAGGAGUAUUUUAUAUGAGCUACUUUCCGGGCUCCGGCGAUUUGGCCGGUACAACUGCAGAGAACUACGACUUUGACUCUCUGUCCAAAGACCGAAGUAAUAUUAAAAGCGAAACAACCUAUCUUCAAGAUGUUCAGGAAGAUUGUUUUUACACCGAACAAAAUACUUCGAUGCGAGGAGAUGAUACAGAUAUAAAUGCUAACAACACAAGUGAAGAUAAACGACCUAACUAUUUUCAAGACUCUCAUCAUAUUUCUAUGCACGAACCAUCAACCACAGAGUUAGUGCCGUUAACUAUUUAUCCUACAGAAACAGACUUACAAAAUAAUGGUGCUGUACAUUCGGGGGACAUUAGUAGCAAUACGGUUACUUCUUUGGGGUCUCCCGAGGAACGAUCACCGACGUCUACUGACCCACAACAACCACAGCAGCCAACUGCUACCACUUUGCCUUCAAAACCGCCGUAUUCGUACGUAGCUCUAAUCUCAAUGGCCAUUGAACAUUCACCGUACAAACGGGUCACGUUGUCUGAAAUUUAUAAGUACAUCACCGCUAAGUUUCCAUACUUCGAAAAGAACAAAAAAGGUUGGCAAAAUUCAAUAAGACACAAUUUGUCGUUAAACGAGUGUUUUCUCAAAAUACCUAGGGAUGGCGGCGGUGAUAGAAAAGGCAACUACUGGACUUUAGAUCCAAAAUAUAAUAACAUGUUUGUAAAUGGGAACUAUAGAAGACGUCGAAGAAUGAAAAGACCAUAUAGAACAACACCUUAUAGUACACCUGGAACUUAUUUUGGACCAGAUUAUAGUAGAGGCAUUUUAGGAUCACACCCUACAAGUUUUGGUUCAAAUACUAAUAUAACAUCGAGAUUUGACCACAGCAACAGUUGGCCUAUAUCGCCUUAUACAGCAGGCCCUCAAACGCAUCAAUUGCAUUUUCCAUCUCAGUUGCAACCAGUGCAAUCUGUCCAGAUCUCAUCAAUGAAUCAUUCAAAUUACAAUCAUUUACCAACAACUAUGGCAAGUUCAAAUAUGACAUUUGGUAGUACAUAUCCACAAUGUCAAAGGCGCCCACAACAAGAGGUAUUACCAGAUACUACACUUCAGUAUUCUUAUUGGGCCACAUCAACAUCUUCUCCAGAUCAUAUGAUAUCUGUAAAAGAUGAACAUUUGAAUCUAUUGGAAAAAACACAAGAUACAUUGAACCUUGACCAUUUUGAGGUACAACCCCCAAAUGUAGAUUUUGAAGUUACAGAUUCGCGACAAAAAUGUUAUUUAUGAAAAAUGAUUUGUGAUUAUUCUUAAACACUCAUUUAUUUAUGGUUCUAAUGUUCUAUGAUAUAAUUUUUAGACAUAAUACAUUAUUAAUAAGUAACAAAAAAAUGUAACUUGGUAUGAAUAACAUAGCGUUUUUAUCUGAAUUCAAAGUUUAUAUAAUCAUUAAUUUAUGAAGUACUAAUAUUAUAGUAAGAUGUUACUAAGGGGAUUAGAAGAGGCAGGCCAAAUUUAAAACAUAUAUUAUUAUAAAGUAAGAGUACCUACUUAAGUAAAAUAUUAUUUAAUUUAAAAAAAAAAAUUUUCAUUUCAUCCAUUCAUAAGUAUUAACAAGUUUAACACUUGCUUGUUUUUUGAUCUUUUAUUUAUUAUGUUUUUAUUUUAAUGUUAAAGCAACAAAACAUUUAAUUUUUUAUUGUUACCAAAUGGUUUAAAUUGUAUAUAUACCAAAUAAAAAUUUUAAUUAACCUAAUUAAAAUAUUUUUAGUACUUACCUAUUAAAAGUCAGUAUUUUAUUGUUAAGGAAAAUAAUAUAUUUUUACGUCAAU